AUGACAAUUGCAAAAAGAAAGAGAGGGUGCUCAAUUCCAAACCGCUAUGGUUUUGGUUGGUUUCGCAUCAUCGUUCUCGUCUUACUACUUUGUACAUUGUGGUUUAAAAGAAACCAACUCACAACACUCCUUAUGGCGCCCACCACGACCACCUCCGAGGUUAUCCCCGACCCUCUUGUAAAAACCUUCUACGACGAUCCACAACUGAGUUACUCCAUUGAGGAACCCAUGAAACAAUGGGACAAAAAGCGAAGGGAUUGGCUUCAACUUCAUCCUUCAUUCGCCUCCGGUGGACGUGAAAGGAUUCUGCUCCUCACGGGGUCGCAGCCAUCACCGUGCAAGAACACCAUUGGAGACCAUUUGCUGUUAAGGUGUUUCAAGAACAAGGUUGAUUAUUGUAGGAUACACAACUGUCAGGUGUACUAUAACAAUCUACACUUGCACCCAAAGAUGGACUCUUAUUGGUCCAAACUUCCAAUUAUCCGGUCCGCUAUGAUGGCCCACCCGGAAGUCGAGUGGAUUUGGUGGUUGGAUGCAGAUGCAGUUAUCACAGACAUGGAGUUCAAGAUUCCGCUGGAGCGUUACAAGGAUCAUAAUCUCGUUGUUCAUGGUUGGUCCAACAUGGUGUAUACUGAAAAUGAGAAUAUGAGUUGGACUGGGCUUAAUGCUGGGUCGCUUUUAAUUCGAAACUGUCAAUGGUCCAUGGACUUGUUACACGUUUGGGCUCAAAUGGGUCCAUUAUCAUCAAACUAUGCAAAAUGGGGGAAGAUCUUAACAUCAACAUUUAAGGAUAAGCCCUUUCCGUUACCUGAUGAUCAAUCAUCUUUGAUUUAUUUGCUUUCGAGGCAAAGAAGGAAAUGGGGUGGGAAGACAUAUUUGGAGGAAGCAUAUGAUUUGGAAGGUUAUUGGAUUGCUACAUUGGGGAAACUUGAGGGAUUAGAAAAUAAGUACGACGCGAUAGAGAAGGAAGCUAGAGUUUUAAGGAGAAGACAUUCAGAGAAGGUUAGUGUAUGGUAUGGUGAGAUGAGAGAGCGUUAUUUGAGAAAGAGUGAGAUGGCUGAGAGGAGGCCAUUUGUUAAGCAUUUCACUGGGUGUCAACCUUGUAGCGGGGAACAUAAUCCUAAUUAUAAGGGGGAUGUUUGUUGGAAAGAGAUGGAGAGGGCUUUAAAUUUUGCUGACAAUCAAGUUCUUCGUAAUUAUGGGUUCGUGAGGAAAGAUCUUAUGACAUCUUCGGUGUAUGAAGUUCCGUUCGGAUACCCGAGGAAUUGAGGCGUAGCUAGCUGAUUGAAGUGAAGGACUUAAUUUGUUAACUAGAACUGGAAUUGGAGAGUGGAAUGCAAUGUUAUUUCAGUUUUCAUUACUCUUACAAAAAAAAAGAAGUAUGUAUGAUGGAUUAUC